ACAACAGCCCAAGCCGGAUCUUUCAUGUAUGUUACGUAAAAAUGUUUAUACAUUGCUUACGUUAAUUAUGAUCAGUAUGCACAGGUAUAUAAGGGCUCAAACAUUUCAAUGUCACAGCUGAAUCUGCGGUCAGCAACAUAAAUCAAGACAAGAUGGUGACUUUACGAGAAAUAAUUGUUGUUGCUCUAUUAGUGUGUUAUAGUGUGAACGUUUGCUUUGGUUACCAUUCAUGCAAAGAACUUAAACAACACAACACAAACCUUCAAAGUGGAGAGUAUUCGAUGUAUAAUGGCAAAGGUCAGGCAUACAAAGCAUUUUGCGAAUUCCACGGGACUUACGGAUACAUGUUCAUCUCUAAAAAUGCUGGCGUCGAAAUCAAACUGGACCUCAUAAACCCUGACACCCAUGAGGUUCUUGUGAGACAUGUGCGCUCAAACGGGAAGCAAUAUGUUACCAAAAUGAGACAACUAUCGUCAAAGACUUCAGUACCGUUGAGUAUUCAAUACAACAAAUAUGUCAAUUAUGCCAGUCCAGUUAACUUUAACACAAUGGGACCAUUUCUUUAUUUAGGUUUUCUGCCUCGAUCUAUUGCAAAUCAAAAGUCGAUACAAGGUUACAAUGCCAAUGGAAAGGAUUUCACGUUUACAAAUUGCAACAAAAAUCCUAACAGUUAUUUGGCUUUCUUUUUUAACCCAAGUAACGGAAAUCCAACCAAUUAUCAUUUGCGCUGCUGUUACACUAAGCUCAUGCAGGACUGGAUAAACGAAGGUAAGACAGCUUCAAGUGAUCUUUCCCAAAGCUACUUCUUCCAGUUUGAAAUGCACAUGGGCGGUUGUGGUGGAUAUGCAAUCAAUGGGUAUAACAAAUUAAGCAACAUUGGUGGAGCAGCGUUGGGCAUGCGCUUCAGUCUCUAAGCUGGAUGAACAGUGUUGAAAAUAUCUUGCUGUACAAAUUGUGGUGUGUUUUCUGUGUUUGGCUGGGUUCAGAAACACUGCACUGUCUUACUACAAGACGUUAGAGUUAAUAUGUUUAUACAUGUAUUAUGGUGUAUCUGUUAUAAUAAAAUAAAAAUGAAAAAAAAAA